GGUUUUUGUUCUUAAUGAUGACUUCUGUGUCAGGGGAGCUAUCAGAAUCAGUAUCCAAAGCCGAAGAUGGGUCAACUGACAUCCAGAUAUUCUUGGCCUGACAGAAUACGAUAAAAAGGUUCGUCAGUGUAUCAGUAAUUAUUAUAACGAAAUCGAUUAUGAUGGUUUACUUAGAUAGCAUACUUACUUGAUCAUAGUAUAAUCUUUUGUGUGUUCUAAACGUUUUGAGGGUAACUAAUUCUCCAUAGUGAGGACAGACCCUUCUGUUGCCUCUAUACCAUACUGUGGUCUCGUUGACUUGCUCUGGAAUACUCUCAGUUUCAAAGCCUGUUUCCCCUUGCAGCUCGGAGAAUGAUCUCUUUCUUGACAUGUUACGAGCCUAUGGCAUGGCACUAUAGUUUAUUAUGUUUGGUGGUAGAAAAACAACUUAUUCUAAUGAAAGCACAAAUUGCUGAAUCACCUUUUGACCUCUGACCUACAGCAUUUUUUGCCACGUGACUGUUUUGCACAUGGUAAAUGCAUAUAGUGGAGGUAGAAUUAGAAGAUGGCUCGCUUGUUUGCUGAAGCUGUUUUUAAUGAGAUUAAUAGUGACUAUGAAGAAAGCCAAAGUGAUGGGGAACCGGAGAGCGUCUUUGUGAGUGAUAUUGAAUCAGAUGAUCCCCCAAACUGCAACAGCUAGCGCUUUAACCAGACCUACAGAGCCUACCCCUUCUCGUGAUUUGCAAUCUAUUAAAAAGACAAGAAAAAGCCUAUUAUAAUGGGAAAGCCUCGACCUCAAAGCAGCGCUAGCUCACCAUCAGAUGAUCAAUCUCUUGUACAAGCUCUUGCCAACAUACUCUCAAAAGUUGUGAAGCGCCUUGAUCACCAAGAAUCUGUUCUCAAUUCUAUUGAGAAGAAGAUGUCAUCAGCUUCAACAUCAGGCAGCAGUGGGGAAUCAACCAAGAAGCCAAAAGUUGCUCUACUUGUUCGGUCUGAAGUGCGAAGAAUGUAUAAAGCCCUUUGUGAAGAUGAUGAGGAGUUCGUAGCUUUCAACACUGAUCAGGGCAAGGAUACUGAAAACACGAAAGUUGUAGACCGACUUGUCAAGGAAGUUCAAGGUUCCAACCCCGCCUUUCAAAGUGGCCUCAUUCGGUCUGCAUGUUACACGUACUAUCGUACAUUAUGCCAAGAGGGCUCACUCAAAAGAAGGGGCAAGUUAGACGAGCGUAACCGUACUAGGAGAAAAAGGGAACGACUUGUAAGGAAGCUUCAGGACAGGAUUUCGACUAUGAACAAAUGCUCAAUGAAUGAAAAAGAUAAGAAAAGGUGGGCAACUGUGCUGUUCCAAGACUUCAUGUCAAGUGAAGACAGUCACACUGAAUCUGGAACUCUCAUCACGCGUCCAAUUGCCUGGCGAUCACACAAGUUGGACAGUUUCUUCAAGAAUCUUGAUGCAGGUACAGAAAAAUCCAGAUCGGAGCAAUCCAAUCUAAAUUUCGAACACUAGAUGGAGAACACUCACACACUCACAGCGCCCCAAACCAGCAGAAGGCUUGUAUCCACGUUGGGCGUUUGCUCGUGACCACCCUUAACAGCAAGGGCUACAAGUUCGAAUAUAACUCAUGAUAUGUGACUUGAACUCUAAAGAAUUCACCUCACCUGAUUUGAUUCAUGCUAAUGAUUAUAAUUAUUAUAAUGUUUUCCUCCAUCCUAUACCUGAUUUCAUAUGUCUAUUGGAUUUCUUGUCGUAAAUAGUAGUAAGAAAUUUGAUAUGUAAAUACACAUUUACUGUGCAUGAAAUUUCAAGUCCAAUAUGAUUUUCCUACAUAUGAAAUGUCGCCCUAUCCUCUACAUAAAAUCUUAUA